CGCAGGGGCUGUCAGACAUUGACACCCGAGACAUGUUAUCUGAAUGACGGAGCGGACGCUUUAAACGGCUGAUACAUGGUUCCCUCGACGGCAUUCUGGCCGUUUGGCGGGAGUUUCUCGUUGCUGCUGCAGAGAAGCGGUCUACGGCUGACUCCAUAAAGAACGGACGUUCGGCGAAAUGGGCGUGACACGGUGUUACGUGCUGCUGCUGUUGGUUGCGGCGGCACGCUGCGGCCGUGCGUACGACGUGGAGAGAGUGACUCGCUUGGGGAGAGUCGGAGGAAACCGGCUGGAGGUGCUGGGGCGCAAAGUCGAAGAGUACCGCGGCAUCCCAUUCGCGCAGCCACCCGUGGGCCGGCUUCGAUUCCUUCCACCCCAGCCGGUCAAACCAUGGGAGGGAAUCGUGGACGCAACGAGCAGGCGGACUGCCUGCCCGCAGGUUGUGCUUAGCAAUUUCCUGGCCGGUGCGAUUGAAUAUACAGAAGACUGCCUGCACCUGAACGUCUGGAGCCCUGUGGCGCGUGAUGAAGACCUAGUGCCAGUAGUUGUGUGGAUUCACGGAGGCGGAUUCACGCAGGGCUGCGCGAGCUAUGACGACUAUACCGGGGCAGCACUUGCUGCCAAGACAGGCCUCGUCGUGGUUUCGAUGAAUUACCGCCUUGGACUUUUGGGUUUUCUUGACGCCAACAGCCCAGAAUCACCUGGAAACAUGGGCCUUAUGGAUCAAAACGUGGCACUGAAGUGGGUACAGGAGAACAUUCGCGAGUUCGGCGGAGACCCAUCUAGAGUGACCAUAUUUGGAGAGAGUGCUGGCGGAAUGAGUGUCCAUGCGCACAUGCUGUCUCCCAUGAGCCGCGGUCUCUUCCAGAGGGCGUACAUGAUGAGCGGAAACUUGCAUAGCCUGGAUUUCUUUGAUGCCACACACGAGAGCAUCAGCAAAGGCGACACGGUUGCCGCAGUUGUAGGCUGUUCGGGUGGCGACCGUAGCUUGGCUUCCAACCCAGAAGCAGUAAUUGACUGCCUGAGGACCAAGAGCGCCGACGAAAUCCUACUCGCAGCAAGCGAAGCCCUGGCGCCCAAGAUAUUUCCAUUCUUGCCAACAUACCACAACGAAUUUCUGCCGAAGGUACCCACCGUCGCAAUCAGCAAGGGAUUCUUCCAUACAGUCGACAUCUUCCUAGGAGUGACGGAAGACGAAGGAACGCUAGCGCUCAUAUAUCCCCUUAGAAGCAAGCUGCUUCCGGAUGACGUGGAAGGUCUGGAAGACGAAAUGUUUAAGCAAUCCCUGCACGAGGGCAUAUUUUCGUGGCUCAAGAUGGACUUUUCGGAGAUGCUGGAAAAGUACACAGCCGAUGCCCAGGACAAAGCGUCCUUGAGGCGCGGCUAUGUUGACUACCUUUCCGACUCCACAUUCGUCUGCCCCAUGCACUUCACGGCAGAGAAGCAUGCCGACCGUGGUCAGAACGUGUACUCUUACGUUUUUGGUCACAAGUCAUCUAAAGCCCCGCUUCCUACUUGGAUGGGGACGCCGCACGCUUUCGACAUGAGCUACAUCUUCGCAGUCCCUCUUAUUGACCAGAAUCGCUUCGAUGCUGAAGAUGCUGUUGUGUCCGAAGUUGUUCUUACGGCGCUGAAGACCUUCGUUGAGACAGGGGUACCGGAGCUACCUUAUCGAACACCAUGGCCGAAGUAUACCAUCGACAGUCCGGUUUCUGUCUACAUCGACUACAAAAAUACCACCGCUAUCAAGGGCUUUCGCAAAGAACAGUGUGAACCCUGGAGAUCUUACAUGUAGGGUUGUAAAGACGUUGAACAUCAUCACGCUUUUGCAUCAAGUCAGGCGCUUUUUCGCACUGUGUUGAAGACGCGCGGAACCCCAUGCAACGAAAUUAUUUGUACUUCAAAUUUCAAUUCAUGUUUUAUUUCUUUCAGUGUGGAACUUCUUAUGGAAAAAAAUAUAUCAAGGAAAACUGA